GGGGCGGCGGGCCCGCCCCGGCGGCCGCCAGACGUGCCGGCAGUCACAGGGUAGCGCACGUCGCUCCCGUCCACCCACUCGCCCGCAUUUAACCCGGCCCGCCGCCGCCCGCCGCUCCUCAGCCCGCGCGGCGCGGACGCGGCAUGAGCAGCCCGCCCUGAGCACCGGCCGCCCGCCCGUCCCGCUCACCGCGCACCGCGCUCCGCUCCCGCGCACCCCGCUCCGCGCACCACCGCUAUGGAGCGGAUCCCCAGCGCGCAGCCCCCGCCGGGCUGCCUGGGCAAGCUGCCCGCCCUGGAGAGCGGCGACAUGCCGGGGCUGGACUUCGCGCACAUGUACCAAGUUUACAAGCCCAGGAGGGGGUUAAAGAGGAGCGAGGACAACAAGGAGACCUACAAGCUGCCGCACCGGCUGAUAGAGAAGAAGAGGCGCGACCGGAUUAACGAGUGCAUCGCCCAGCUGAAGGACCUGCUGCCGGAGCACCUCAAGCUGACGACUCUAGGUCACUUGGAGAAAGCUGUGGUUCUCGAGCUCACCUUGAAGCAUGUGAAAGCACUAACCAAUCUCAUUGAGCAGCAGCAGCAGAAAAUAAUUGCUUUGCAGAAUGGUUUACAAGCGGGUGACCUGUCAUCAAGAAACCUCGAUUCCAGCCAGGAAAUGUUUCGAUCCGGUUUCCAGAUGUGUGCCAAGGAAAUGCUGCAAUACCUGGCAAAGCACGAGAACGGGAAGGACCUGAAGUCGUCCCAGCUGGUCAGCCAUCUGCACCGAAUGGCCUCCGAGGUGCUCCAGGGCGGAGCCGGCCGCAAGUCCGGAGACAUCCCUCCUAAAAUGGUGGACUUGAAAGAGAAGCCCGUCUCCUUGACCACGGUGGCGGAGGGACACGGGAAAAACUGCGUGCCUGUGAUCCAGAGGACAUUUGCUCACUCCAGCGGGGAGCAGAGCGGCAGCGACACGGACACGGACAGCGGGUACGGGGGAGAGCUGGAGAAAAGUGACUCCAAAUCCGAUCAGCAGUAUUUCAAAAAGGAUACCGAACUCAAGUACGCUGUCCAGGAGAGAAUAAGCUCUAUUAAGCAAGAGACUGAGGACCCGCCGGCCAAAAGGAGCAGGCUGGAGUCACCGGAGGACGAGAGCCCUUUUGGCAGCGACAUGAUGGGCUCUUCCAGCAGCUUCCUGGGGCCCCACGCUCACCAGCCUCCCUUGUGCCUGCCUUUCUAUUUGAUCCCACCAUCGGCAACAGCCUAUCUGCCCAUGCUGGAGAAGUGCUGGUACCCAGCGUCCGUACCUGUCUUGUACCCCAGCCUCCCAGCCUCUGCCGCAGCACUUACGGGGUUCAUGAACCCUGAUAAAAUCUCCCCACCUCUGCUGAUGCCCCAGAGACUCCCUUCUCCCAUACCGGCCCAUUCCCCUAUCGACUCCUCGGCCCUGCUUCAAGCUUUGAAGCAGAUUCCUCCUUUGAACUUGGAAACCAAAGACUAAGCGCAGUGUGACUUUUUUGGUUUUUUUAAGUUGGGUUUUGUUUUGGUUUUUUUUAGUUUGAGACUUUCACUUUUAUAUAUUGGCUGGACUGAGGUGUGGGGAUAAGGUUCACUGCACGUAGGAAGCUAAAUCCCCUUUUCUCUGACUUGGCAGGUAGCUUGGAGGAGGAUGAAGGAUGCACCCAGGUUAGCAAUUCAGAACUACUUCCAGGAGAAAUACAGAAAAAGAAGGGUUUUGUGCUUUACCCCUUACCUUCUCCCCUCUCCACAUCUACAGAACAGUUGACUCGGUCAGCUGCGGCUAUAUUGCAAAGCUGUGAAAAAAUAUUCCAUUAGGCAGACUUGGGUUUAGGGUCUGCGAAUAUAAAACAUGGUACUUCUCAUAAAGGCUUUUAAGGCAACAGCCCCACUGCUGGUAGUUUGAGCUGAACUGAUUCAGUGCCCCAUCAGUCACCAGUGCCCGAGUGACCGGCACAGUUGGUGCAGCGGUGGUGGCAAUGCCACCAAAAGCACAGGAGCAGCGGACACUGCUUGGUCAUGCACAGUCAGGUAGACUUAAGACGGGUUUUCUCCACACCUUUGGCUGAUAUAUAUAUAUAUAUAUUUUUUUUUUUUAAGAAAUAAAAGGUAGAUGCUGCUUGGAAGCUUUACAUGGCGUACAUCUAAUAAAUAAAUUAACACGCG